AUGGGAACCCUCGCGACCCGUAAAGAUAUCCCCCCGUGGGUGAAAGCUCCGGAACACCUGAAAAAUCCCAAAGUAAUCCAGGUCCACACGCUGGUGCUAAGAUCUCUGUUUGGUCCACAGGGACCUGGAAUGGCUCAGUUCGAGCGGGCGAGCAAGACCAUGUUUGAACUGAGGAUUCAAGAAUCUUCCGACCUUACCGAGGUGUUAAUUUAUGGCCCUUCGAUCAACCAGGAUCGGGCUAAAUGGAUGCUUGAGACCAUGGCUGAGAGGUGCCGCCGGCGUCAGGAAAGAGGGAUGCUCAUGCUGCAGGAAGCCUUGCAGACCCUGGAACUAGACAGUGAUUGGAGUGAAGCCAGUCUCCAGUCGUUGUGACUCCCACCUGGACGCAAACUGUGGCCACUGUUUGGUUCUGGUGUAAUUU